AUGGAGAAGUUCUCUCUCCUUAGCAUUUCUGAACCUCAAAUCUCUUCCUCGGUCCUGAGCACUUUCCCUAACAUUACGUCUUCACAUGGCACCAGCUUGCCAGACAUCACAAAGACUGUGUUUCUGGUGGAGGCGUCCAGCCCAGCUCAGGCCCUGCCACGGCAGUUCCACGGCAGGGCAGUCUGGCACAGUGUGCGUGACACGGUGCUCUUACCAGACGGCGUCCUGGGAGACCCUCAGAACGGGGAGCAGCUGAGGCGGAACUGCGCCAUCUACCGGCCCUGGUUCUCCCCGUACAGCUACUUCAUCUGCACGGACAAAGGCAGCCACCUGGAGACCUACGGCCUCCCCGAGGGGAGACCUCGCCUUCCCGAGGACCCGGCCAGGAGCAGCCCCUCGUCUUCUUCCUCCGCAGAGAACCCCUGCCCCCGAGGGGCCACCGAGAAAUCCAGGCACGGCCAGGACCCCGGGGACUCCAUCACAACCCAGGACAUCCUGAUGGCCUCCAAGUGGUACCAGGUCCAGCAGAACGGCUACAAGUGCGCAGCCUGCUGCCGCAUGUACCCCACCCUGCACUCCCUCAAGAGUCACGUCAAGUGGGGUUUCAAGGAGGGCUUCAGCUGCAGGGUGCACUACCGCAAGCUCAAGGCCUACUGGGCCAAGGGGAGGGCGUGGCCUGGGGACACGCCCUCCGGGUGCAGCAGCCAGGCCUUCAAGUAGUCCCACCUGCUGGCAGCAGCUGUCUGUUAGUUGGCAGCUCAGAUAAAUUGGGGAUGAAGCCUAUUCGUGUCUCCAGAGAGAUGUCAAUCAACCAAAGUUAGUUGCAGCCUUCUACCAAGUGUGAGGUCACCUGCCGUCCAGCCUCUGGUCCCACCCCACUCCCCUCUGGCUAAGAGCUGCCCAGCAACACCACCCCCUUCUCCCUGCCCCCCAUCCCCUCCGCUUCUACAGACAAAACCUGAAGUUUGGGAAUAUCCUCUAAGAUGGUGGUUCUCAAAGUGAGGCAGAUGAGCCGCGUCAGCUUCCCCUGGGA